GGCGGCUGCAGUGGCGGCGGAGGCGGCUCCGGGAGCCGGCGCAAAUCCGGCCCCGGGUGCGGGACCCGGGCAGGUCUGGAAGAGCCCCAUCUGGGCCCAAGUGUGCGGAGGAUGGAAACACUGCCCCGGCAAUGUCUCUGGGCCGCCUCCUUCGCCGGGCCUCCUCCAAAGCCUCGGACCUCCUGACCCUCACCCCGGGUGGUGGCGGCGGCGGCGGGCCCCCCUCCGUCCUGGAUGGGGAGAUCAUCUACUCCAAGAACAAUGUCUGUGUGCACCCCCCAGAGGGGCUGCAGGGGCUGGGGGAACACCACCCAGGCUACCUGUGUUUGUACAUGGAGAAGGAUGAACUGCUGGGGGCCACCCUCAUCCUCGCGUGGGUCCCCAACUCCCGGAUCCAGAAGCAGGACGAGGAGGCGCUGCGCUAUAUCACCCCCGAGAGUUCCCCCGUGCGCAAGGCACCCCACCCUCGGGGCCGGCGUGCCCAGAGCUCAGGGCCCCCCCACCAGCCAUCCCCCACGGAGCCCAGGUCCACCCUGAUCCCCAGAGACGAGGACAUCCUGGUGGUGGCCCAGAGCAUUCGAGACACUGAGUGCGUCAGCCCUUCGCCCGAGGAUGGGGAGAAGCUGGCCCCGGGCUUGGGGACAGACGGCCCCCUCUCAGCCUUGCCACCGGCCCACAGCGACUCAGGAAUUUUGUCGGCGGUCAGUUCACAAGACGGGACGGAAGAGGGCCGGGAGCCCCGGCCGGAGGUGGGCGAGGAGGAGGGUUCCUUGGAGCUGUCGGCUGAGGGUGUGAGCAGGGCCAGUUCCUUCGACUCGGACUCAGAGGCCUUCUCUUCACCCUUCUGCCUCUCGCCCAUCAGCGCCGCCCUCGCGGAGAGCAGCAGCUCCGUGUUCCUGGAGAGCGAGAGCGGCUCCCCCUCCAGCGUGGAUGCCCACCUGCAGUUCCCGGACGGUCCCCAGCGCUGGGACGAGCCGCAGAGGGCCGGCGCCCUGGAGCAGAUCUGUGGUGUGUUCCGAGUGGAUUUGGGCCAGAUGCGCUCCCUGCGCCUCUUCUUCAGCGAUGAGGCCUGCACCAGUGGCCAGCUGGUCGUCGCCAGUCGGGAAAGCCAGUACAAGGUGUUCCACUUCCACCACGGUGGCCUGGACAAGCUGCCUGAUGUGCUUCAGCAGUGGAAAUACUGUACAGAGACGCACCUCAAAGACCAGCAGGUCGCCGACGAAAAGACGCGCAUGCAGUUCUCCAUCCGGCGUCCCAAGCUGCCGUCUUCCGAGACGCACCCCGAGGAGAGCAUGUACCGACGGCUGGACGUGGCGGCCUGGCUCCGCCACCUGAAUGCGCUGGGGCAAGUGGAAGAGGAGUACAAGCUUCGCAAGGCCAUUUUCUUCGGCGGCAUUGAUGUGUCAAUCCGAGGGGAGGUCUGGCCCUUCCUGCUGCGUUAUUACAGCCACGAGUCGACGUCGGAGGAAAGGGAGGCGCUGCGGGUGCAGAAGAGAAAGGAAUACGCCGAGAUCCAGCAGAAAAGGCUCUCCAUGACCCCUGAAGAGCACAGAGCUUUCUGGCGGAACGUUCAGUUCACCGUGGACAAGGAUGUGGUUCGGACAGAUCGGAGCAACCAGUUCUUCCGAGGCGAAGGCAAUCCCAAUGUGGAGAGCAUGAGGAGGAUCCUGCUGAACUAUGCGGUGUACAACCCAGCCAUUGGCUACUCCCAGGGCAUGUCGGACCUGGUGGCACCCAUCCUGGCUGAGGUCCUGGACGAGUCAGACACCUUCUGGUGCUUUGUGGGUCUGAUGCAGAACACAAUCUUUGUCAGCUCUCCUAGGGACGAGGACAUGGAGAAGCAGCUGUUGUACCUGCGGGAGCUGCUGCGGCUGACCCACGCACGCUUCUACCAGCACCUGGUCUCACUGGGCGAGGACGGCUUGCAAAUGCUCUUCUGCCACCGCUGGCUCCUGCUGUGCUUCAAGCGGGAGUUUCCUGAGGCUGAGGCACUGCGCAUCUGGGAGGCCUGCUGGGCCCAUUACCAGACAGAUUACUUCCACCUUUUCAUCUGUGUGGCCAUCGUGGCCAUCUACGGGGAUGAUGUCAUUGAGCAGCAGCUGGCCACCGACCAGAUGCUUCUGCACUUUGGGAACCUGGCCAUGCACAUGAAUGGGGAGCUUGUUCUCAGGAAGGCGAGGAGUUUGCUGUACCAGUUUCGCCUCUUGCCGCGGAUCCCCUGUAGCCUGCAUGACUUGUGCAAACUGUGUGGGACUGGCAUGUGGGACAGCGGUUACAUGCCUGCCGUGGAGUGCACGGGCCAGCACCCAGGGUCGGAAAGCUGCCCGUAUGGGGGCACCGUGGAGAUGCCUUCCCCCAAGCCCCCCAGAGAAGGCAGGAAGGGCCCAAAGGUGCCCCGAGAAGGCUUCAGUUUCCGCAGAUAGGUUGGGCUCCCUGCGCUGGACGAGGGGUGAGGGGACCUCUGCCGGGUCCCAAGCAUGGGGGAGGGGGUGGGGAUGGGUGUGGAGGGGACAGGAUGGUAGAAACGGAAGGAAGGAAAAUGCCCUUGAGCAACAUGAAGGGAAACUUUUCGUAUUAAAGACAAAAUUGGAGUCCGGACGUGCCAGAAAUAAAACCCACCAGCUGCCCAGAGAAAAGUCGGCUCCCCAAACAGCGGGACCAGGAUGCACGACCACCCUACCUGGAGACGCAGGCUUGCUGGGUUCUCGUGUUGCCCACCUCUGAUGGAUCUCAACACAACCCAGGAGUUCCUCCAGCUUCAUCAGCCACCAAAGGGUAUUAUUGCCAGGCACUGGGAAAGGCAGAGACAGAGACAGAAGGAGAGAGACAGCACUGGGGAGCCCAGAACAAGGGGGUCCCAUCCAGGCCCAGAGACAUCUUUGCAAGCUGGGCACACCCCCUCAUCAGGUUUCAUUCUUUGAAUAAAUCAAACAGACUCCACAGCUUCUCCAGCCACAGCUGCAAAGCUGAUGUGAAGAAAUCUGCCAAAAAAAAAAGAGAAGGCCCCACUGAUUUCAGGGUAGAGAGGUGUAAAAGCAGGAGGCUGGGGGCUUUCACACUGUCCGUUUCAACAUCCGACCCUCUUGGUAUGUGAAGGAAUCUGCUGCCUGUGAGCCUGAGCACGGGCUGUUGAAGUGUUGGAUUCUUCUCCCUUAGUUGAAGAAUCGUCUACAUUUAGCAGUGUUGAAGGCCAUUUUCACCAAAUACUGCGACCAACUUGGGGUUCGAUGGGUCGAGGUAUGUAUGUGUGUGUGCGCACGCAAAAUUCUCUGAAGGGAAUCUGUAAUGUUUGAGGGAAAGGGCACAAUGUGAACUGACCAACAAGACAAAGGCAGCUGAAAGUGCCAGAAACACUCCCACUUCCCUGCAGGGUCUGCGUUCUGCCGUGACCGCCAGUCUUCUGUAAGUCAGCGUCUCCGGUGGUCAGAUGCGUGAGCAACCACAGUACAAUAGCCGUCACUCAGGGCAACCCUGCUUUCUGUGUGGGAACCAGGUCUUCCCAGCAUGCUCUCCCUGCUCCCAGAGCCUCCCCAGUUACUCCUUCUGGGGUUUAGAGGAGGACAGACAAGGACACGGGAAGGCUCCCAGCCAGCAUAGAAGACUGGAGCUAUUCGCACGGGAACUGACAGGAACAAAGAGCCUGGAAUCGUUCCUUGAAUCCUCCUGAACAUCCUUCUGGGGAGAAAAAUCCUUGAAGUGCUGAGAGUCAUCACAGAGACACAGCCCAACCAAGGCUUCUUCCUGCCCCCAGCUUUACUCACUUAGAGUGGACGCUGCUGGAUGGCGCCACUUUAAAAAGUUGUUUAUCAACAGGAAAGAGGAAGUUAUCAGCCUCUUCCCUUCUCAGCUUCUCUAUGUGUCCAUGUCCUCCAGUGGGCAGAAGACUGACACUGGGACUUCCAGGUUGCUGACACCUCAGUCCAGGAGCCUUUUGGGGAGACUAUCCUGGAGCCCCAUCAGUGCCCAGAUCUUGGGGUACCAACCAUUAUAGUCCAGCAGCAGGGUCCAGGCUGGAUAGACUUCUCAUCUGCUCAACUUCUGGGAAAAGAAGAUUGCCUUUCCAUCCAGAGGAUGGCUCCUGAUCCGUUAUGGAAGUGGCUUGAGUUACCAGGCACUAUCUUGACCCUCCUCUAGAGACCACAUCUCCAUGAACAGGUGUAUCAGUUAUCCAUUGCCACAGUAAUGCUGCAUAACAAAUAGCCCCCAAACAUGGUGGCCUCAAAUAGCAUGCACUUAGCUAGCCCGUGAGUCUGUGGGGCAGCAGCUCUGGCUGGGCAGUUCUGGUCUGGGUUGGACUAUUAAGUUCCAACAGGGUGCUCACACAUGUAGAGGUGUGUAGAGGUCAGAUGUGGCUCUGCUCCAUGCCUCUUGCAUCCUUCCCACAAGCCAGUCCCGGCCAAGGCAAAGGUGCAGAAUCAGAAGUGUGUAGGCACCUUCCCAAGCCUUGACAGAUGCUACCCCUGCUCACCAUCCCAUUGGCCAAAGCCAGUCACCUGGCCAGACUCAGCAUCUAAGGGUGGGGAAAUGGACCUUCCUCUGCAGUAAGAGAAGUCACAUGGCCUAGGGGCUGGGGACUCAGGGAGGGGUGAGGAACCAGAAGGCUGGUAGGCAGCUGGAAUUGGGAGUCUACCAUUACCGCCACAAAAUCCUGGUCUAGAUAACACUGUUUUGGAACUCGCCUUUUACCAGGGGCAUGACUUUCUACUGAAGGGACUGGAGAUGCCUAAGCGGGGAAAGAGUGCGCCCCUCCCUUCCUGUGUAGCCAGAGUGCAUCUGCACGCUUUCUGAUACCUUGUGCCUUUGGGCUGCUGGGUCGGGUGGAGGGAGAGGGGUCCUGGGUUCCCUCACUUUGAGGGUCCUGGGUGGAAAGCACUCAUUCUGAACCUCCUGGCUCCCACAGCCCCUAACCCUCACAACUCCCCAAGACCUUGUACCAAGUGCCACCCCUGCCUUCACUGCUCCGACCUCGCACUCUGUGUGCUGGGCUGGGCCCCAGUGUGGUCUGGGCUUCGUGGAGCAGCCAGGACCUCAAAAAGCCGAAGACUAGGGUGUAUGGGUUCUGUGAGGUCCCACUGCUCCGGAGGGAUGGAGAAAGCCCGCCCUUAUACGGCUCCCUUAAUCUGGAUGCAAUUAGAGGAAACCAGCCAAAAACCCUGCGGCAGCUGUUGCCCCAGGAUUAUUCCCAGCCAGCAAAAGGCAUUAGGGUGAUAAUUCAGUCAUUAGACUUCUAGCCUUCCCACCACCAGAACGUGCAAAUACGGGAUAAUCAGCCCGGCACGGCCAUCUUCCCUGAUGCUGCUUAUUUAACCCAUUUUUUAAAAAUGACACUUAAUGUUAUUGGCUGGUGUGCGUGUGCACGCAUACUUACAAGUUUCACCACUGCUAAUGUCUGUGCUGACGUUACCUGAUGUCGUCGGGGCCUCUGGGAAGAGAGGGCACCUUUGAUGCACACGUGCUGGUGAGGAAAGGGCAGAGGGGCACAGACUCACCAGCCCAGUGUGGGGUUCACCCUCCCAAGGAAGGGGAGACAAUGGCAGGAUGAAGCUGGGCCCAGGGAAGGUGGGAGAUGCACAAGCUGGGGAAACAGUGGGAUUGGGGUCUGAUUAAGUGCAGAAGGGGACAGUGUGCUAUUCCAGAAGGUUCUGACUUAAGUCCCAGCAGGGAAGACUUGGAACUCACAAAUCAAGGGAAUCGGUGUUCUUGAGCCAAUUAGGGAGGGAUGGGCAGGCUGGGGAGGACCCGCCUCCAGCCCAGUCCACCUCUGCAGAGGAGGAGGGUCUGCAGUCCAGAAGGGCAGUUCCACUGGCAGACGUGGGCUGGACGCUAUUAGCAAGCAGCGCUGUGUUGUCUUGAUUGGACAGGACGGUGUCAGGCACGACGGAGGUUUUUGAAUCCAGGACCUUUGAGUUUUCUGUCAAAGCCUGCUGGGGGCAGACAGCUAGACAGGAUGAAGAUGCUGGUCCUGAAAUGAGGGCAGAAGUGGCUGGCAGAGGUCCCCCAGCUCUGAGCUUUGAUUGGGAAAUAGGGCAAAAUCUGUAGUGGGGGGGGCCUCUGUGGCCCCGGUGUUUUGUGAGGUCCCUCUGAGCUCUCUCGUCUGAGUCUUGUUUGGUAGAAAUAGCUGGGAAGCAGCAGCAGCAAAGUGGGGUGGGAAUCUGCUCAAGGCUGUGCCCUGGCCCUGCGGAAGCCUCCAUCUCCUGUUUAGCCUCUCCUCCCCCAUGGAGGGAGAGCGGGUGGUGGCAGGAGGACCUGGGUUCACCCUGCUGAGGGAAGGAAGCCUCUUCCAGUUUGUCUGCCCAGCAGAGGCCCCUAGAGGCUGCCCUGCCUCAGAGGAAGGAGGCGGAGUGUCCCCGGGAAAUCCCACACACACGUGCAGGGGUGUGGCCGGCCUGGGAGCUGUGCCAUGAACCCACAGCAAGGGGAGGGAGCCUGUGGGUCUGGCCUGAGCCUGGGCUCUUCCCCUGGAGAUCCUGGGGAACCAGAUGGCCCAGGAUCUGAUUAGCCUUGGAUUUCUAAGCCGGGCUGCAAGGCCUUCCCUCCAAGUGAAAGCAUUCUGUCCCUGGCUAUCCCUGGCUCAGAAGAGGGACCUGCCCCCACAGUUGUGAAGCCUAAGGACAGGGCUCCCCUACAGAGGGCGAGCAGUGCUGUGUAGAAGGAAGACACUUACCUAGGGGUCAGGAACCUGUUUCCCGUCCUGCCUCUAACCCUUUCCAGGUGUGUGACCUCCCCACCCUGAGCCUCGGGUCCCUCAUCUGUAGAAUGGGAACACUGCCUCUGGCUUAGUCCACCUCACAGGACUAGUGCGGGGACUCUCCAGGUGACGGUGUCAUGAAGAUGGUUUCCUAGUCCCAGGGACCUCACCUGCCACUCAGGGACGAGACCUGGCCUUGCAGCCUUGGCUGAGAGGCGGUGUGCUCCCAAUCUGAGAGCUCACCCUGCUCCAGGAGUCAGCAAACCCCCACCCUUCCACACAUCUGCCUGACUGCACGUCCCCAGCUGGGAGGACUCCUCUGUGCCUCUUCUGUGAAAUUCACCCCAGGCCACCUCACUCCUGCCACAGGGAAGACUCACCGUGAGCCAUGACCUUGGUGACCCUGAGAGACAUGUCUGUGUGCAGCGUGCCUGGCUCUGCAUCAGGACGUGGUCCAGGCCUCAGGGUCCUCCCCUGGGGCUGUGGAACCCACUCGAGCCUGGGAGCAGGGAGGGGGCUGUGGCCCCCUGAGUCAGGCGUAGAGACUGGAGAGGGAUGUCCCUGGGCCUCUGGGGGGCAGGGCGGGUGUGCAGACAGGCUGCAGGCAUCUGGCCAUUAAAUACAUUGCACUCAAUUUCUAGGUAGGAAAGUACGUUUCCGGUUGAGAGAUCAUGUCACUUGUUCUCUCCAGCACCUUGGGUUAAUCAGAGGGCAGAGUUUCUGUUGUCUUAGGGAAAGUUUAAAGAAAUUCCCACAAUUACCAAGAGAUCACUGAUGUCCGUGGCAAGCAAUUCUUUCUCUGUAUUUUAUUUUGUUUUUUAAAUACAAUCGCCUGCUGCCCCAGGCUUGGGACUGGCCACUCUGACCGCUGGGGCCCCAGCCCCCACAAUGCUUUGGGCUCUCAUGGAUCCCACUGCAAAGUAAAUAAAAUCAUACUGACAACAAA